CCUCUAGUUAACCAAUGCACACUCGGCUUCGUUUUCAUCCGGGUUUUGGACAGAGGCAAGCAUGGCACCACCUGUGAGAUACUGCAUCCCCGGCGAACGUCUGUGUAACUUGGAGGAAGGCAGCCCCGGUAGCGGCACCUACACCCGGCACGGCUACAUCUUUUCGUCGCUGGCCGGCUGCCUGACGAAGACCAGCGAGAAUGGCGCGCUUCCUGUGGUGUCUGUGAUGAGAGAAACUGAGUCCCAGCUACUUCCAGAUGUGGGCGCUGUUGUCACCUGUAAGGUCUCUAGCAUCAACUCACGUUUUGCCAAAGUACACAUCUUGUAUGUGGGGUCCACACCACUAAAAAACGCUUUUCGAGGAACUAUCCGCAAGGAAGAUAUCCGAGCAACUGAAAAAGACAAGGUUGAAAUUUACAAGAGUUUCCGCCCGGGUGACAUAGUUUUGGCCAAAGUUAUCUCCCUCGGUGACGCACAGUCCAAUUACCUGCUGACCACUGCUGAAAACGAGUUAGGGGUGGUGGUAGCCCACAGUGAAUCAGGUGUCCAGAUGGUUCCCAUCAGCUGGUGUGAGAUGCAGUGCCCUAAGACCCACACUAAAGAAUUCCGGAAAGUGGCCAGAGUGCAGCCUGAGUUCUUACAAACCUAAGCACACUUUACCCCAGUGACAGAGUCAACUCUUUCCAAGAGUACUAGUGUGAAAGAACAUCAGGAUGCCAUGGUCUUUAUUAAGGGACCUGCAGUCAGCUCACAACCACCUCUUAAAAAAAUCUGCCAGAAAUACAUUCAGGUUGUAACAAGCAUCCAAGGCCCAUGCAGCCGAGACAGGAAGAUUGUUAGUUCCCAAGUUUGAGAACAGCGUGGGCUAAGUAAGACUCUUUCAACCAAAAAUAUAAAAAAGAAAAUGUACUCCAUUUGAAACACUAUUCUUGAGAAACAGUGACUUUUUAUUCUCUUGGCUGGUGAAUCUUAUUUAAAGACAUUCAGCAAAUGAAACCAUGUUAUAUUGGAAAUAGCUUAUGCCUUUAUAAAUAUGUAUAUAUGUAUUUUGCUAUGACGGGGGGAAAAACAAUGCUUUUCAUUUGUUAGUGGUGUAA